AUGCAGACUGCUUCUACAAACAUUUGUGAAAGAAUGGGUCACCCUCAGGAGCUCAGUAAAUUCAAACAUGAUACCAUGAUAGGUUGCCACCUGUGCAAUAAGUCCAUCACUGAAAUUUCCUUGCUACUAAAUAUUCCACAGUCAACUUUUAGUGAUAUUAUAACAAAGUGGAAGCAACCGGGAACAACAGCAACUCAGCCACGAUGAGCGGGGCCAGCGCAUGCUGAAGUGCACAGUGCGCAGAAGUCAUCAACCGUCUGCAGAAUCUAUAGCUAAAGACCUCCAAACUUCAUGUGGCCUUCAGAUUAGGACAACAACAGUGCAUAGAGAGCUUCAUGGAAUGGGUUUCCAUGGCUGA